AUGGAUCUGAAACUGAUCAUCUGCCUUUUGACCAUAGGAGUAAGCUGGCUUGCCUACUUUCUGCUUAAUAAAUUAGAUGUAUUUGUCACGAACAAUCUGCAUCAUGAUGAAAAAUGUGAAAAAAUUUCUCUGCCAUCAGAAGCUGAAGACUUUGCUAUUUAUGGAAAUUUCAUUAUCUCAGGAAUGGGCGAUAUUUUAGCAUGCUAUUAUAAGCACCUUUCAGCUCAAAAAGCUCAGAAAGGGUCAUUAAUUUAUAUAGAUCCCAAGACUAAACAUUGGGGUUAUAUUCCUAUGCUAGAAUUUCCAUCAGAUUUACCUUUCAACCCUCUUGGAAUUGAUAUCCACAAUAAUAAUACACUUUACGCAAUAAAUAUGGCAUUUGGAAACUCCGAUACAAUCAUUUGGUAGGUAUUCUUUCUUCUGCGACUUUUCCUUGGAUUUUUGAUCGUCGCUUUUUCCUCGCGAGACAAUUACUUGGGAAAAACACAUUAAAAUUCUAUCAAAUAUCUCAUGAGGACGAAAAUGCGAGGAAAAUUCUCCGAUCAAAUGACUCUGAGCCAAAACUCUGGAGAAAGAGUUGAAGUUUUUAGUUUGUUUGAAUCUGCAGAGGGAAUUCAAGCUAAAUAUUUAAGAUCAAUUGAGUUUGGCAAUGAAUGGCUUGGAAGAUUAAAUGAUAUUGCAGUCAUAAAAGAAGGACAUUUUUAUAUCUCUGAAUGGCUGGUCUAUCCAGAUUUACCAGAAGGAAGAGACCAUUCAUUACUUACAACAAUAAAGAAAAUGUUUUGGAAUGUUUCAGGGAAAUAUACAAAUGUUCUAUAUUGCAAAGAAGUGCAAGGGAAAGCUCCAGAGUGCAUGUCCCAAGCAAAAGGGUACAUGGUGAAUGGAAUUAAUAAGAUUAAUAAUCAGCUUUUUGUUGCUGAUACAGUAGAAAAAUCUGUAUAUAUUUAUAAUAUACAGGAAGAUUACAGCCUUGCCCUAGCUGAGACAGUAAGCUUUUCUCAUCAUUUAGACAAUAUAGUUGUGCAAAAAGAUGGGUCUAUAUUGGUUACUGGAAUAAAUAGAAUGAUUGAAUUUAUGGAGCUUGCAGACCGUUUGAAAGCAGAUAAGGAAAAAUCACCAGUUGUAUCAACAAUUAGUAGAAUGACUAAAAAUGAUGGCAGUUGGAAAGUUGAAGAGGUGAUAGUUGAAGAUAAAAUUUUUGCUGCUUCUGCAGUGAUUGAAGAUGGAAAUAUCUUUAUCGGAGGACCGACAGAUAAUUUCAUCUUGACUUGCAGAAUUGACUAG